AAAUUAUCCCGCCAUUUUUUGCCAUGGCGAAGGAGAUAGAGAAAUUGUGGAGAGAAGUGAGGGAGCUGAGCUUGGGAACCGAAAUCGAUCGCCUUGACUCUCCGCCGUCUCCGCUACACUUUCUCCGAGAUUACGUCUCUAAGAGCAAGCCUUGCGUCAUCUCCAACGCAAUUUCUCACUGGCCGGCUCUCACACUCUGGUCUGAUCCGGCUUACCUCUCCGGAGCUUUGUCCAAUCACUCUGUCUCACUUCACCUCACUCCUAACGGCUGCGCCGACGCCGUCACUCCGAUCAACGACGAUACGAGCACCACCGGAGGUCUCUGUUUCGCUUCCGCUCACGUGGAGAAGCUUCCCUUCCCGGAGGCUCUCCAGGCCGUUCGAUCCAAGGGAAAAACUGUUGGGUAUUUACAGCAGCAGAACGAUUGUUUCAGAACGGAGUAUUCAACCGUUGCUUCGGACUGCGACGGAGAUAUCCCGUGGGCUACGGAGGCGCUGGGAUGUUCUCCCGAAGCGGUGAACCUUUGGGUAGGCACUGAUCUCUCCGUGACUUCUUUCCACAAAGACCACUACGAGAAUCUAUACGCCGUCGUUUCUGGGGAGAAACAUUUCCUUCUCCUUCCUCCCACCGAUGUACACCGCCUCUAUGUGCGACCAUAUCCAGCAGCUAACUACUCUUAUCAUCGAGAUACUGAAGCGUUCAAGCUUGAGCUUGAGCAGCCAAUGAGGCAUGUGCCAUGGUGUAGUGUUGAUCCAUACCCUUCACCAGAGAGAGAAGCAAGUGAGAGACUGAAAUAUCCGUUCUUCUUUGAUGGCCCAAAGCCGUUUCAUUGUACUCUCAAGGCUGGGGAGAUUCUUUACCUGCCAAGCAUGUGGUUUCACCAUGUUAGUCAAACCCCAGGAGAUGGUGGCUAUACAAUUGCUGUCAACUAUUGGUAUGACAUGCAGUUCGACAUCAAAUAUGCUUUUUUCAACUUUCUGCAGUCAGUAUCAUAUGAGUCAUCUUCACCCAAUCCAGUUCUGUCUUGGAGAGAAGAUGACGAUUCUGAAGCUGGUGAUUCAGAUGUAUGAAGAAGAGUCGAAACAACAUUUUUCUUGCUCAUGUUAAGUUUUAUCACAUCAUAGUAGAAAGGUCGGAGAAGAUCUUAGCCCUUGCAUUUGGAAAUCUUAGGACUAAGGAGAAUUGUCUGAAUGUUGUUUAUUUCAUCCUUGCCAUUUCCUUUGGUACUUUCUCAACUUUUCCUUCAGUUUAAUCUCCAGAAAUUUUAGAUUUGGGAAACCUCUUAAAUUCUCUGAACUGUAUCUCUCCUUUUGUUGAUGACUUCAAGGAAAAUGUC